CGCACGUCCGCGCCGCUGCCUCCCGAGUGCUCGCCCUGCGCCCAACGACCGCCACCGCCGCGCCUCUACCGCGCCGGCACAACAAACUUCAGCACCGUGCCCUUGUUAUAUUUUGUGCUUCUAAUUGUUCACCACGACGAGGACGCACGCAAGGAUCGCACUGACAACAAAUUAAAGGCGUGAAUAAUUUCAAAAAUAGUCUCUCUUAGAGACCUCUGAACUAAAACGGAAAGAAAAAGGUCCGUCCAUUAAUAAGCGGUGACGGUCAAAUAAUGUGGUCGGGCAUGCGCCCAGCGGGUGCAGUCACCGGGUUGUGUACUUAGUAGCAGGAGAUGCCCGUGUGGUGGGGACCGCGGGCGGUCAGCAUGCGCGUGUGCUGCGUGACGACGGUGCUCGCGGCGCUGGCGCUGCGCUCCGCGGCCGAGCCGGCACCGCGCCGCUACCCCGCCGAGUGGCACAGUGGCCGCGAGCUGGCGCGCGCCCGCCCCCUCCAGGAGCUGUUCGAGGCUGAGCACGCGCCGCCUCCGCUGCCGCCCGGCGCACUUCACAACGAGCGCCGUCGCACGCGCACCAACAAGCGAGCCAUGCACCAACUGCCCUCGGAGAUAGCCAGCCAGAUGAUGUUGCGAGCUUCACGCUCCAACCGACCCUACGAUGUGCCCCAAAUUGAAUGUCCACCGGCUGCCGAUGGCAUGGAGCGGUUCGCGUGCCCGACACCCGACCGACAAGGGCGCUACCGCUGCAUUGACGACCAUGUGUUGUGUGAUGGCUUCAUCGACUGCCCCAGUGGCGAGGAUGAAGACCGACAAGCUUGCAUGUUCUACAAAACGACGAAAGCCCACCUAGAUGUCCUGGCCGACGCGCUACUCCGGUGGGCGCGCGGCCGCUAAGGACCGACCCCUCCCGGACCCUGACCCUUUAGUGCUCUAAUACUCCGCCAGUGCUACACGGACCUCAUGUAAAAUAUACGAUCGAUUGGCCCCGUGCUUAAAUGCGAUCAGUGAAAGCUGCGAACUCCUAGAAAUAGUAUUCGGGCGCAACCAGUCAUAACUCGUACAUGCGUUGAACGUAAUGAAACAUAUCAAGUAGUGGUGCAGCCUAUGCCAAAACAUGACCACUUAAAGUGUAGUGUAAGGUUUCCGACUGCGACAAUCGAGACAACAGAACACGCCGCGCUGGCCCGCCCAGUGAACGAAGGAAAGCAGUGAUACGAUCUGGUUUCGUCCCAAUUAAACUUCUCCGCAGCUGAUUUAUUUUCCAUGUAUUUCAUACCUUCUAGCACUUAUUAAACUAAAAUGUGAGACUGGUAGUCAACAUUGUUAGACAGUAGAACAUAUACAUAAAAUUUUAGAAUAGUUCUUCAUUUGGCAAAACGUAAAUGUUUGUCGAUUUGUUAAAAUAUGUAUUCACUUUAUGUAAUUACUCUACGUUAAGUUAUGACAUUCCUUAUUAUAAUGAGGGUUGUAAAGUAAAUAAGAGAAAUUUAAAAAUGUGUUGUAUAUAGAUAGAUACCAAAUGAAUUAUUUUAUAUUUGUUUAAUUAGUCGGCCUAUAAUAUGCGAUCGACGACUGCUCCGACGAGUCCGCACUAGAACUUGGUGAUCAGCCGUCGUUGGCACUCUUGUCCAUUAUUUUUUCUGAUUUAUCAAUAACUUUGUACUUAAGUAUAUUACUUUCAAAAGACAAUUAUUAAGAUGUGAGAGCAUUAAGUAUUUUAACAUAAAUUGAUCUCGACUAGAGGCAGCUAUAUUAUGUAAUAUUAUAAAAUAAUCGAUUUAUUUAAAGAUGCAUUUAUUUGGUUAGUUCUUAAUUAUAUAGAUAUUAAUUUUUGUAUGAGUUACUGAUAUGUUCAAUAUGGCUAGAAUAAAUUUAGUAUUUUUGACUGAAAAAUUGUUCAUGUCCUUUGCCGAUCUAGUCUGGGGAACUUAUUAGCCAUACAUUCCUCCUUAGUCAAUACUUCUAGUCAGUGCUCAGUUCCUUUUACUUACUUGUUUUAAUAAGUUGUACCUGUUUUUCAUAUUUAGGUUAGUACAGUUUAUGAAUCUUCAUUCAGGAGCAAAAUAUUGCAACGAAAUGAAGCUUAGUGCCUGAAAUAUCACAAAUUCAUUGACAUAAUACAAUCUCAGGAUGAUACAAACCUAAAAAUAACCAAUGGAACAGUAAGAAAACAUUCCGUAUCAAAUAUUUUAUCCACAAAGAAGAAAAACAAGACUUGCGUCUACAUAUAUAUACCGUCGACCACAUCCAUGAAGCUACAAGCUAACUAGAGUAGGUAUACGUACGUUUAUUUCAUCGAACAAGCCAUUAUCUAAUUAGUUACUUAUUUCUUGCGAAAAUAUAUAAUUAAAUGAUCACAUCCACUAUAAUUAAGUAUAGGAACGUUAUUCUACAUGACGUAAGUAAGUGAACUAUGGUAGUUAUUGUUUAGAUUAUUAAAAUAUAACAUUUAAUUCGUAGAUAUAGUUAAUGGAAACAACAUUUAAAUUAUUAAAAAAUAUAUACUCAGUAGGAAAGGUUGAUGUGUACGAGGUAGUGUCGUUUGGUAGUUUGUAGUCAAUGCACCAAUUAACAGUCGAGAUUUAUUUCUAGCACCCCAAUCAGUGUGUAGCUAGUCACUAAAAUAAUUAGUUUUGUGGUAGUACUUUAAGAUAUUCAAAUAUUACAUUAUAUUUCUAAGCCAAAUGUAGUAAUAAAUGAAAGUAUAAUACCUAUAUUAUAGUCAUAAACAGUGGAUGUGACGCACAGAGGAGAUAGGUCGUAUGUGAGACUUUGGAGGCACAUCGAAGCAGCCUUCUUUGUACUUAAGUAAAUUCCAAAUUACAAUAAUAAUUCUGGAUACGUCAAAAUUUGAAUAAACACCGCCAUAGUCUGUUAGAACGUAAGUUCUUGAGCCAGCAGACUCGGCGGUAUUUAUAAUAAACAAACAAAACAUUUAUGAAAACCGAGUUCAGUACGUAAACUUACAUAUUUAGGUAUCUGCUUUGAUGUUAAUCUCAUGUAAGACUUAUCACUAUUAAAUAUUAAUACUUUUUUAUUAGGUACAGAAACACAUUUAUCAAAAGAUUUUUUUGUACACGUGUGAAGUAAAUUGGUUUUGUUUACCAGCCUUUACCAGAAAUAGGUGAAGGCUGCCUGAAAUACGAGUCAUUAUAUCCAAAUUAAAAUUUUAAUGACCUGACUAGGAAGGUCGAUUAUUUAUAUUUCGACAAUACCGCAGUCAAGUUACACAGUUUAUGAAAUUAAACUUUACGUAUACCUACUGAAAGUAAUGGGAUACAUUAGUUGUGUUUAUUUGAGUAAUUAGGUUGUAUUAUUCUUUCAUAGUAUAUUAUUAAAGAGCAAUUUAGCUUCAGCUACGUGCUGUUGAAUUAGAAAUUAUUUCACUAAUAAUAGUAACGACUAAUUAAACUGAAAGCUCUUUCGAGUAUGACGGUAACAAUAGUUUUAUGUCAAUGAAUUCUGAGAUUCUUUUACUUUUUUUGUACGUACGUACUACAAAUAUCAUAUCCUACAUGAUCUCCCUAAUGGCAUUUAGCACUUUACGUACCUUUGUCUCAAUCGAAUUAGACAUAGAGUUUUUUAUAUUUUUAAUUUUUUACCCCGCCCCAAGACUAUUCGGCAA